CUUGUGCACGUGGCUUCUCUCCUCAACACCCUCGACGAACGGAGGAAGCAGGUUGAAGCGCCGCCGUCUUAUGCUCUGGGAUUGGCUGAGAGUUUGCCUCGGCGGCUACAGGAACCCGGACGCUUCAGCUGAGAGAUGUAGGUAUGAAGACUACGAGAAGGACCGAGCGACAACCGUUAUCGUCACACACGCGGCGGUGCAUGUGGACUACGCAGUCGGAGGACUGCUGGGAACCGGGGGCUUCGGCCUGGUCAAGGAAGGGCUUCACCGGCAGACUCAGUCGAAGAGUGCGCUCAAGUUCGUCUUCCGCAAGGGCCUUUCGAAGAACGACGAGGAGCUAUUCCUCAUGGAGGCCGGCAUCCUAACGGGCCUUACGCACGCACACGUUGUGGAGAUGCGGGGUUUCUACAAGUGGGAACAGGCGUACUGCCUGGCGAUGGAGCGUAUGGAGGGAGGGGAGCUGUGUGAGGAUAUCGUCCGGAGAGUGUUUUACUCCGAGGCAUGCGCACGAAGGAUAAUCUUGCAGGUGCUGGACGCGUUGGCGUUUUUGCAUCGGCGUGGGAUAAUACAUCGCGAUUUGAAACCCGAGAACCUACUGCUUGUACGACGAGGGAGCGAGUACGUGAAGCUGGCGGACUUUGGCUUUGCCGCGGUACUGUCCCAGCCUACGUACAAGGUGGUGGAGCCAGUUGGGAGCCCAGGGUACGCUGCGGCAGAGGUGUUGCGCGUGAUGCCGUAUGACGGCCAGGCGGACGUGUUCAGCCUGGGGGUGAUUUCCUUCGUGCUUCUUUCGGGUUAUCUGCCGUUCGGAGGGGUGGAAGGUACUCUUACGGAAACAGUGAACGCCACGUUAGAGGGCAACCCACCCUUCGACGAAGUGCAGUGGUCAGCUGUCUCAGACGCAGCUAGAGAUUUCGUCGAAGCGUUGCUGAGUCCGAGCCCAAGUGAUCGCCCUACGGCGGAAAAGGCGAUGUUCCACCCUUGGAUGAAGGUUCAGGGGAACACGCUGCUAUCGCGCUCUCUCAGUGACCGGCGAUUCGGCGAAAACAAGCCCCUUUUAGAGGAGUUCCAGGGUUUGCAGAGGAGGAGACUCAAGGCCGCGGUAGGAGCAGUGCUUGCAGCCAAUCGCCUCCACAAAUUUCUCGCGGCGGGACAUGAGGAUCGUGGCGACGAAGCCGCGAGUCGCCACGGAGACCAAAGGAGGCAGGGCGGCUAG